AACCUGACUGUUCGCUUAACAGCACGGAGACAAUACAGCCCACACGGUCCAUCUACCUGGUGUUACCGGAGAGUUGAAACUGGCUUUAUCUUCUUGUCGAUUAAAUCUUAUCAUACAAAUCCUUGAUGUGCCUGUAAUAUAUUUAUCAGUGGGGACUGGAGUGCUGAUUAGAAUUGUACAGGCAUUCGCAUAAUGUAACGGCACUGAUCUUUGCUUAGUACCAAAGCAUUAACGCAGAGCGUUGAGCACAGGUGGAAUUUGUACCGCGACCGAGUCGUUGGUGUGUUGGCCUAUAGAGAGACACUGCCCGGUAUGGCAACACAAGCACGAGCAGACUCGCCUAGGAGGAUGGCGUGGGAAAAAGGCAACGAUAAGCCCGCGGCAAAGGUGAUGCUGUGGUCCGCUCCCAGAUCCCUCUCCACGGUGUUUGAAAGGUCCAUCAUCGCUUUGGAAACAUCGGAUGUUUAUAAUGAGAUGUACACGGCAGCCUAUCUGUUCGGCCCGGAGCGGCUAUGGCUCAAGAAAAUCCCCUCCCUCGCCCCGACCCUCUCCCACGCAAAAGUGACCAAGAAACUCAACACGGCAUCUCAGAAGAGCUACACCGCCAGUGUCUUAUUCGCCAAAGAUUUUGCCUUUGCGGUGCAGGGGCACUUCGACGAACUCCCAGAGGACUUCAUGCACACCUUCCUAAUACGAAACCCAGUGAAGGUGUUCACUUCUCUCAAGCCAAGAUUGGAGGCGUCCAGGCUGUCCAAGAUGGUUGUCGGUACGAGCAUACUGGGCUGCAUACCAGCUGAAGGCUACACUAUCAAGGAACUUUACGAUCUCUUUGAGUACAUGGAGCACAAGACCAGGAAAACGCCGAUAGUCAUCGACGCCGAUGAUCUACUCAGUGAUCCUGAAGGGAUGAUGCGGCAAUACUGCUCGGUGACAGGCAUCCCGUACGACGAGAAAAUGUUGCGGUGGAAGCCGGCAAAAGCCUCCGAACUCAGGUGGCACUGCCCAAGAGUACUACGGGUGUCCAACUUGAUGAUGGGCUGGUACAACGCCGCUCUCGGCAGCUCGGGGUUUAGGAAACCCACACCCAAGAAGAUUGACGUGAAUGAACUGCCUGCUGAGCUCAGAGAAGCCAUAGACUUUACCACGCCGUACUACCAAGCUAUGUACAAGAUCAGGCUCCGGCCGGAGAAGCAAGACAGCACGGACUGAUUGUAAGUUUUCUGAGCGGCGUUACUUGUUAAAAUUCACCUUAUGGAUUGCCCUUCUCCUCAUGCGAGUCAGUAGAGUGGGUCCUGUGGCAGACUGGGACCUUGAGUGCAGAAAAAACAAACAUGCAAAACAAAAUUAGGUCAACUUAAACUCUAGUUGGCAAAAUUUUCCAAAAUGUUCAUGAGACAAGGAUAAGGUCCUCGGUAUUUCACCAGCCAAGUUUGAGGUCUCAAUUCAAAUUUCAAAAGGGACUUUUAUUCAAUAUUUUGCACCUGACAGUGAAGCCACGCGAUUUCAAUUUGAAGUCAAAGACUAGACUAGUACAUGUCCAACCUUUUUGAAAAGAUUGACCCUUCUGGAUGACAGAGAAGAGAAUGUUAGAAAUAAAGACUGGGUACCCGAUGUUUCUUUUGAAACAGUUGGAUUGAUGCAGUCAUGACAUUAUCAAAAGGGUGGUGGACAGGUUGUUUCUUGUGCUAGUCUAUUUUCUUGUAUUGCAUGUUUCAAAUAUGUGUUGAGACUCUCAUACACAGUAUUUGGAGUCCUAAAUUUUCGGACUAUUACUGUAGUAGCUUCUAUGGACCAUUAUCAUGUUGCGGCCAUCUUGCUUUUUUCCCCAUUCAAAUCAACGUAACCAAAUCGGGGCUGGAAGGGGAAAUAGUCUGGUUUCUUUUUGCACAAAAAACCAUGACCAUUCUGUACCGUGAUUGGAUACAGGGAACAUGACUGAAAUGGUGGCUGCAUGAUAAAGGUCUCUGAAUAUGCAGAUAUUUUUGCAGAUAUAUAACAUAAAAAUAUCUUUUUCCUAUACUUUAACCGUGCACUGGUGUUGCAUACGACCCUGUUAAUUAAGCAGUUCAAGUUCAAUACAAAGUUUAAGCAAAUUUGAUAUAAAAAGUGUGUUGAUAUUAAAUAUUUGUGAAAGACAACAACUGUUAAUAACAAUAUGGGCCUAUACUUCAGGAAAAGGAUUCGACAAAUAAAAUCAUUUCCAAACUCUUAAGACAAUACAGUUAAAAUUACUCUGAUAAUUGAUGUGUAUGCGUAGAUGAGGCAGAACGGUCUUGUUUUUCGGUACUCCAUUUAAGUGUUGAAUAAUUUCUGAGUGGGGAUUUUGACUUGAUAAAGAAGACGAGUGUUCUGACACACAAAAAGACCUUAAUUUCCCAAUUUUUAUUUAUAGUUUUCCAAAAAUUGAAUCUAUAGAAAAUGAUUAUAUUCCAUUGUAUUUGGUGAUAAGGGCAAUCACUCUUUGAGUAUGGAUAUUGUUUCCGGCAACAAUAAAAUAUAUAAACUUAAAAAAAUAAUGUGAAUUUUCAAAUACAAUAUUGUACACAUAGCCAUGCCAGACACGCAAUCUUUUAUACUCAUGGAGGCCCCCUUCAAUGGCUUAAGCAUUGUGCUUAGCUAUUGUACAGAUAAUCCGUCUCGGGCCAGUUAAUUUGUACAAUAGCUGGCAUAGUGCUUUCACCAUUAAUGGGGGCCUCUGUGAAAGUACUGUGAUGGCGUGAUCGGAAAGUGGUCCGUAUGCAAUGGAUAUGGAUUAAACUACAACCCUCGUACAAUUACCGGUCACCGAGUACAUACAUGUAAAUGUACAUACAAAAGAAAUUCGCCCAAGGCUCAUGGCCAAGGUCUUGCUGUGGAAGCCAUAAACAAACUUUUGUCACUGUUCUGCCAUUGAAAAGUUUGAAAAGUAAAGGAAAACUGUACAAUCUCGAAUGCAAAUAAGGGCAAGGAUAUUUUCUAUCGCAAAACCGACAUAUGGCGGAGUUUAAUUAAACCGAUACUUGUAGACUUUGAACUUUAAUUCCGCGUGGACGUAAGUCUUUAAAGCAAUAUUGAAAAUAUUAUCUAUGGUGAUCAAAACGUGAUAGUAAUGGUCAUCAUCGUACGGUUAUUUCUUGGCCAAUUCUAGAUGUUGGAUAGAUUUACAGUUCACUUAACUUCAUGUAGCUCAAGUAAUACAGUAUUUGAUGGUAUUAACCAGCCUCAAAUAUACAAGGUGCAUUUUGGUUCGAAAUUGGACAUAAAGGUGUACUAAUGUACCAGCAGUUAAGGAUCUACGGGCCAAAUUCCUUUUCUGCCAGGUCACAACCUUAUAUCGAUAGGUAGCUUGUUUUCUUGGUGCAUUUUCAGGUGUGACAUGACCUCUAAAAAGUGCAAAGGUCUCCAUGCACCAUUUAGUGCACUCCCUGCAGUGGGUCAUCGUUGGUACCCUGGUUACACUACGAAUUCCAUGUGUGUUUAUAGUAACACUCUAUAUGGGAGCAAUAAUCGACAAUGAUAAUAGAGCACAUGCGAAGAAUUCAGAUGCUGCAGUGCAGGUAUACCAUAAAAAA